UAAUCCAAUCUAACUGACUUUUGGUAAGAAAUAAACAUCCCCCCUUAAAACCCAAAAUUAUAAAACACAAACCCAAGUCAAUAGUUUCAGCUCUCCACGCGUCUUAUAAUCCCCUCUUUAACUAAUCACAAUUUACUUUUCACAAUCCAUUCCACUUCUUUGAUUAAUUUUGCUAGGCUUCUCAGCUUCAUUUCACAAGUAAUUGAUUUGCAAUGGGAGGUGUUUGCACUGGCGGGACAAUUAAGCGCACUAGUAGCAGUUCUGAUUUUCAAGAAAAGACUGAUAAUGUUAAUGUUUCUGGUUUUUCUGGGAAGCUUAAAUCGAUUAAGAGUGGGUUGGGUAAGCAGAAUAACAGAAGAAAGGAGAGCCAGGAUGAUGGUGAUGGUGAUGGUGAUUUGUAUUUACCGGAUGUUGAGAAGAGGAGGAGGACUCAUCAUAUUUUCGAUUCCGGGGAGCUUCAUUUUUCGAUUUCCAGGGAAUUGAAGUCUUCUUCUGCUCCUGUUCGGAAUCCGGCUGCCAAGGGACCUCAAGCUGGUUCAUUUCUUGGUAAAGCUGGCAUUGUGGGCUUUGAGAGGGCAGUGGAUGUCCUGGACACACUUGGUAGCAGCAUGACAAAUUUAAACGUCGGAAGUGGUUUUGUAUCAAAUAUGGCUUCAAGAGGAAAUAAAAUAUCUAUCCUUGCAUUUGAAGUCGCUAAUACUAUUGCCAAAGGUUCAAACUUGUUGCAAUCUAUUUCAGAAGAAAAUAUCCAAUUCCUUAAAAAGGAAAUUCUUCACUCGGGAGGAGUACAGCUGUUAGUUUCUACAGAUAUGACAGAGUUGCUUAGAAUUGCUGCUGCAGACAAAAGGGAGGAAUUUGGUGUCUUUUCUAGAGAAGUAAUUAGGUUUGGAGAUCUAUGUAAAGACCCACAAUGGCAUAGUCUGGGGCGUUAUUUUGCAAGAUUGGAUACAGACCCCGUGACCGAAAAACAACUUAGAGAAGAUACAGAGAAGACAAUGCAAGAAUUGACCAAUCUGGCUCAACACACUUCUGAACUAUAUCAUGAGUUGCAUGCUUUAGACAGAUUUGAACAAGAUUACCGGAGAAAGCUUGAGGAAGUGGAGUCUUUACAUCUUCCUCGAAAAGGAGAGGGUUUGGUGAUUUUACAAUCUGAGCUAAAGCAUCAAAGAAAACUCGUUAGAAGCUUGAAAAAGAAAUCUCUUUGGUCCAGAAGUUUGGAGGAAGUUGUAGAGAAGCUUGUUGACAUAGUAACCUUCAUACAUCAAGACAUCUUGGAAGCAUUUGGGGAAAAUGUGGCAGCGGUGACAUCUACCGGAACAAAUACUUGUAAUAAACCUGAAAGACUAGGUGUUGCUGGUCUUGCUCUACAUUAUGCUCACAUAAUCACUCAAAUGGAUAACAUUGCAUGUCGACCUACGUCUCUCCCUCCUAAUAUGAGAGAUGGAUUGUACAAUGGGUUACCUGUCAGUGUCAAGAUGGCUUUGCGUUCAAGGUUACAGGAAUUUGAUGCGAAGGAAGAACUUACGGUUCCCCAAAUUAAAGCUGAAAUGGAGAAGACUCUCCAGUGGCUUGUUCCAGUUGCUGCGGACACUACCAAAGCUCAUCAAGGUUUUGGUUGGGUUGGAGAGUGGGCAAACACUGGUAUGGAUUUUGGCGGCAAGAAGACUGGGGCCAACAGCACUGUGAUUCGGCUACAGACACUGUAUCACGCAGAUAAGCAAAAGAUGGAUCAAUACAUCCUUGAAUUGGUGGUCUUCCUCCACCGUCUUAUUAGCUCAGUUAGGUACAAAGACAAUGGAUUCAAGGCCUUGCCAGUUCAAUCGCCGAUACGCCAAAGACUAAUAACACAAAUCAGGACGCAAGAACUGCCGUCAUUAAACAGGAAUUGUGAUGUCCAAGAGAAAAAACUUUCUUCCGAGGACAGAAAUUUGUUGGAAGACGUAGCGAAUCAUAGAAAAAUAGUUAUUGGGAGAAGCAAAAGCCAAGGAUUUGCAAUCGGCAGGAAGGGUUCAAUUAAAGUUUGGGCAUUAAGUAGGAGCACCGGCAGUUCUCCGAGAAGAUUCUUGCAGCCCGGGCAUCAAAAGUCGAGCAUUUUGGAUAUAUUGGAUGGUAUGGAUCAGCAUGAGUUAUUUUCAAUCUAAUCAUAUUGCUCAUGCCAUUUAUUCGUUGAAUAGCCUACUUGGUAUCCGGUUGUAUAUAUCAUUAUCUGCAGUGGGGCAUUUAUAGUAUCGUGAAAGAAGAGACAUGGUGGAAAUUUUGAAAAUCAUAUUAGUUAUUGGUAUAUACUGGAAAAGUUCAAGUGAGAAUUUGAUGUUUAUUACA